CUAAGGGAAGGUCACUGAGCAAGGUCAUUAGGACGAACACAAUGUGAAGGUUAGUGUUGGUGGCGGUGUUAAUUAUUUUUAGUACUUUCGCAAUGUUCAUUGGAGGUUCUGGAGUCAGGCCCUUUUAUAUUAUUCAAAAGUACUAUUUGUUUCCUUUGAGAAGAAAUACUGGUGGAAAAAUUCCUUCUGACAUAUAUGCUAAUCUAGUCAAGGAAAAUAAACUUAAAUCAAAUGAUUUUCAGUUAUCCGUCGUGAAGCGGCUGGAUGAUCUCUGUAAAGAAUUAAAUGGGUUUCACAGAAAGACGCGCAUCUUAUCCAUUUUUCAAGACAAAAAGAUUCCUAAGGGUAUUUACUUAUACGGCCCUGUCGGCUGUGGCAAAACAAUGUUAAUGGAUAUGUUUUAUGAAUGCUGUUAUUUUGAAUGUAAAUGGAGAACUCACUUCCACUCCUUCAUGUUUGAAGUUCAUGGAAGAAUACAUGAUUUUCGUUCGACUGCUCCAAAGAAUAAAAAGUCUUUUGACCCCAUCCCGCCAGUAGCAAAAAGUAUAAUUGACAAACACAAAUUGUUGUGUUUUGAUGAAUUUCAGGUUACAGAUAUUGCAGAUGCAAUGAUAUUGAAGCGACUGUUUGAAAAUCUCUUCAGUUUUGGUGCUGUUGUCGUUGUUACAUCAAAUCGUCCUCCAGAUGAUUUAUACAAAAAUGGAUUGCAACGUGUAAAUUUCAUACCUUUCAUUGGACUUCUUAAGGAAAAAUGUGAUGUUAUCAAUCUGGAUGCUGGUGUCGAUUAUCGAGCACAAAUGGGCGAAUCUACGAGUAGAGAAUUAGACCUACCUCUAUACCUAGACUAUUCAACCAUGACUGAUGUGGAUAGAAAGCUUGAAGACUGGUUUAACAGGUUAACGAGUGCCGCUGGACAUGUUGGGCCGCCAGAAACUGGAGAAAUCUCAACGUAUGGCCGUGUACUUGAGUUUAAGCAGACAGGAAAAGGUGUCUUAAAAUGCAAUUUCGCUGAAUUGUGUGAUGUGCCUUUGUGUGCUGCUGACUAUAUGACACUGGCUAAAAGCUUUCACACACUAGUUUUAUGCCAAGUUCCUCGAAUGGGUUUGCAUAAUUUGCCAAGUUUGAAACGUUUCACACACUUGAUUGAUGUACUGUACGAUAUGCGUACUCGUCUCGUUAUUGGUGCAGUGUGUCCAUUGGAUGAAUUAUUGGAAGCUAAAAGACAGCCUUCACCAGAAUUAGAUUUAGUGCAUCGUCAACUAAUCGACGACUUAAAUAUAAAAAUGGAUCAUCCGUCUAAUAUUGGAUCAAUCUUCACCGGUGAAGAAGAUUUGUUUGCAUACUCUCGGACACUAUCCAGACUGCGUGAAAUGAGUUCUAAAGCCUACUGGGACAGGAGUGGACCUAAUCGGUGA